ACGGCUUGAAGCCCGCGGUAACGAAACGAAAUAUACAUUCACGUAAAGGACGCUUUGGAUUAUACAGCAGAGAGAGAUAAAUAAAUAAAUGGAGAAUCAGCGUACGUAAGGCUUCAAGUUUCCGACUAGAAGUUUGCUCUCCCCGGGAACUUUCGGAUUCCGACCGGCGGAGAUCAGUUUCAGGAGGUAGUUCCGGCGGACCAGUUUCGACACAUAUAGAACUUACCGUUAGUUGAUCGUCGUGUGCUUGAACAAUAGUUCCGGCGGCACUUCAGAUUUGGUUCAAUAUUGAUGGUGGUUUUUCCGGAAGUUAUUGAGGAAAUGGUAAGAAAUAUGUCGAUAAAGAAAAAGAAUAAUAAUGAGGAUGAUGGAAAUAAAGAAAAAAUAGGUAAAGAGGGAAGAAAGAACAAAUCCAUGAUUUGUUUAUCUGGAAGUGUUAAAACCAGCAAGUUUGAAGAUAUGGCUUCUGUUUGCUCCAAGAGAGGAAACAAAGGAAUUAAUCAAGAUUCUCUUGUUCUUUGGGAGGACUUGGGUUGCCAGGGAGAUGUGGUAUUAUGUGGGAUGUUUGAUGGACAUGGGCCUUGGGGUCACAUGAUUAGCAAACAAGUCAGAAAAUCAUUACCUUCUCAAUUACUCACCAAUAUUCAACAAAACCUUUCCAUGCAAACCGACCAAACCCAUCUCUUUCCUUUCAACCUAUGGAAGCAAUCUUGCUUAAAAACUUAUGCCACCAUUGAUGAGGAGCUCAAGCAACACCCUCGUAUUGAUUCCUUUUAUAGUGGCACCACUGCCUUAACCGUUGUUAAACAGGGUCGACAUCUUGUUGUUGCAAAUGCUGGUGAUUCACGAGCUGUCUUAGCUGUAACUUCUGAUGAUGGGUGCUUGAAAUCGAUUCAACUUUCAGUUGAUUUUAGACCUAACUUGCCUGAGGAGGCUGAAAGAAUAAAGCAAUCAAAAGGGAAAGUAUUAUGUUUAAAGGACGAACCUGGGGUUUAUAGAGUAUGGACUCCUGACUCUGGGACUCCAGGUUUGGCUAUUUCAAGAGCCUUUGGGGACUACUGUUCCAAGCAAUACGGUCUCAUUUCUGUGCCCGAUGUCAGCCACCGAGUCAUUACCACGAAGGAUCAGUUUGUCAUCGUCGCCACCGAUGGGGUGUGGGACGUCAUGUCGAAUCAAGAAGCGGUUCACAUAGUUUCUACAACACCAAAUAGAGAAAUGUCGGCCAAAAGACUAGUGGAUUGUGCUGCACGUGCGUGGAAAUCAAAGAAACGAGGGUUCGCAAGGGACGACAUGUCGGCCAUUUGCCUCUUUUUUCAUGCUGCACACACACAAAAUGAUUGAAUCGUAAUUUUAUCUAUAAUAUAAGACACCUCCCCUUGUGUGUGUAGUAAAUAUAACUAAGAAUUAAGAACUUUAGCCAAAUAAAAGGAGUAUUCAUAAAAGUAAGUUUUAUGAUUUUAGUUAUGUUAUGCCACCGUAAGACCACGUGACAAUCUUUCUAAGUUUUUUUAAUUUUCAUUCAACCACCAAUAUAAAGAAUUGGAAUGUUUUUUAAUUUA